GCGGGAACAUGGCGGGUGUCAGGAUACUCGGUGUGGUGGUGCUAGCGGGAUGGAUACAGCUGACAUCGGGCACUGGAACAAACGUUGCUGAGAACAAACCCGCAUGGAUGAGUUCAGUCUGGGAGCUGACUCAACCCGCCAGUACCGCUGUCGAUGGAGUAACUCUUGCACACGACUACAAAUACUCAGCCGUCACCAAGCCGGGUGAACUAAGCGCCUGGUGGAAGGUGGAUCUACAAACACAAGUACAGUCAGCACUGGUUACCCUGUACUUUAGUACAUUCUACAAGUCAAGACGUAAUGGCGUGCAGCUCUACACAUCAAUGACAAAUUCCUCUGAUCCCAAAGAAGGAAAUCUAUGUCACAGUGUAACAGGACGUGCUAACGGUACAGACAUCCCUGAUGUGCUGAAUGUCACCUGUCCCGGGGCCUGGCGCUACCUGACUGGAUACACAGAGACUGAUAAUGAUGGAUAUGGUCCUAUGUUAGACUUUGUUGAAGUACAGGUGUGGACAUGCGCUUCUGGGUAUUAUGAAUCAAACUGUGACCAAUCCUGUGCUGCAAGACACUGCAAGUCGGACUCCAGCUGUGACGUCAUGGGACUGUGUGUUGGUGGAUGUGCGGCUGGAUAUCAGGGAACAGACUGUACUCAAGCAUGCGCUUCUGGGUAUUAUGGAUCAAACUGUGACCGAUCCUGUGGUCACUGCAAGUCGGACUCCAACUGUGACGUCAUUGGAGGACUGUUUGUUGGUGGAUGUGCGGCUGGAUAUCAGGGAACAGACUGUACUCAAGCAUGCGGCCCUGAGUAUUAUGGAGCUGACUGUGGCCAACUCUGCGCUAACCGCCAUUGCAAGAUGAACUCUAGCUGUCCUGACAAGAUACAAGGGCAGUGUGUUGGAGGAUGUGCCGCGGGGUAUCUGGGAACAGAUUGUACACAAGCCUGUGAUCCUGGGAGAUAUGGAGAAGUAUGUAGCAAGUACUGCGGGAGGCGUCGCUGUAAGACACCAUCUGACACAUGUGAUCACGUGACUGGCAUGUGUCCUGAUGGCUGUGAAAGUGGUGUCAUGGGAACUGACUGUUUCCAAACGUGUUCCAGUAUGAUGUACGGCCCUAACUGUGCCAGCAACUGCAGUUCCCGACACUGUAAGACACCCUCCUCUACAUGUGACAGAGUGACAGGAAAGUGUCCUGAUGGGUGUGAAGAUGGAUGGACAGAAAUAGACUGCUCCAGAACGUGUACUAGUGUGGUGUACGGCCCUAACUGUGCCAGUAACUGCAGUUCCCGACACUGUAAGACACCCUCCUCUACAUGUGACAGAGUGACAGGACAGUGUCCUGAUGGGUGUGAAGAUGGAUGGACAGAAAUAGACUGCUCCGGAACGUGUACCAGUAUGAUGUACGGCCCUAACUGUGCCAGUAACUGCAGUUCCCGACACUGUAAGACACCCUCCUCUACAUGUGACAGAGUGACAGGACAGUGUCCUGAUGAGUGUGAAGAUGGAUGGACAGAAAUAGACUGCUCCAGAACGUGUACCAGUACUAUGUACGGCCCUAACUGUGCCAGCAACUGCAGUUCCCGACACUGUAAGACACCCUCCUCUACAUGUGACAGAGUGACAGGACAGUGUCCUGAUGGGUGUGAAGAUGGAUGGACAGAGACAGAUUGCUCCAGAACGUGUACCAGUAUGAUGUACGGCCCUAACUGUGCCAGUAACUGCAGUUCCCGACACUGUAAGACAUCCACCUCUACAUGUGACAGAGCGACAGGACAGUGUCUUGGUGGGUGUGAAGAUGGAUGGACAGAAAUAGACUGCUCUAGAACGUGUACCAGUGUGAUGUACGGCCCUAACUGUGCCAGCAGCUGCAGUUCCCGACACUGCAAGACACCCUCCUCUACAUGUGACAGAGUGACAGGACAGUGUCCUGAUGGGUGUGAAGAUGGAUGGACAGAGACAGAUUGCUCCAGAGCGCUAGCAAACUGCCCACCAGGAAGGUAUGGACCAGGAUGCACUCAGUUCUGCAAUUCCCGCAACUGUGAAACGCCAUCACCUGUGUGUGACGUCACUGGUUCCUGCACCGAUGGAUGCCGGGAUGGCUGGAAGAAUGUUGACUGCAGGAUACCAUGUCCGAGCGGGAAGUAUGGUCCCAACUGCAGCAAGUCUUGUGAUUCACGUCAUUGUGAAACUGCACGGGUGGCCUGUGAUCACGAGACAGGGACCUGCGCCGCAGGAUGUCGGGAAGGAUGGAUCGGAACAGACUGUACCCAGAAAUGCAAGCCUGGAACCUAUGGGCGUGACUGUUCUCGUUGUGGACACUGUGACGUCACGUGUAAUGAUGGAGAUGGACGCUGUCCGGGAGAAUGUCUGGACGGCUUCACUGGUGACCGAUGUGAUGUGGAUGUCAGGGUAUCUCCUGUUACAACCGGCGUCAUUGGGGGAGCAGGAGGAAUUGCUGUAAUGCUGUUGCUGAUUGGUGGGCUGAUGAUAUGUCUGCUGAAGGCUGGAAGACUGAAAUGGAUUCCCACAACUACCACAGACCCUCAAGAGUUGAGAAAGACGGACACGCCACACACUGGAGAGAUGUCUACUCAUGCGCCCACUUCCGAUGUGAAAGAUCAAGACUAUACAGAAUUGAAUGACUUCACCAGAGAGAACGACAAGUCACCGUAUGAUGUUAUACAGAACGAAAACAACCAAAUCUAAGAAAAGAUGUACGCACCAUGUCACGGAUAGUGCAACAUCUGAAUAUAUGACUUCAGGAUUACUUCAUUGGUAUAUAUCCAUAUACAUUAGAAAGCAAAGUACCAAUGUCAAAUAGAAAAUGUCAAAUUGCAGUGCUGAUGCCAGCUGCUGAAAUGUCUGAAAACCCUUUCUGAAUAUCGGAGGUGCCUUUGAAAAAUACUUAAUAGUUCCCUCUCACUCAAAUUACCAGUUUGCAAAUAUCAAGCUGAAUAUCUAGUUAUGGCCUUUGGCCGUCGUAUGUAAAAGGGUAUUCCACAACAAAAGCGUGGUAUUCCGGCUGAUGGUGACGCUAUCCAGUGACCUGUUGAAAUUUGCCAGACGGAAACGCGUGAUUAUACGGAAAUAGUAUGAUAAUAAAUUGUGGCAGAUAAAAUAUUUAGGUCGUCCACAUAACGUCCUUUUCAAAGUUACAAUCUUGGAUAAAUCAAAUAACACUAAUCGUGUGCUGUUACUAGCUGGCAUCUGAAGGGAAAACAUAUAUUAUUAUUGAUCAAUAUUGUGAAUUUUAUGGAUUUACCCCCAAGUCGUAAUAACCGUGAAUGUAAAUAAGUUGUAUUUCAAAUCUAAUUUCGAUUUGACAAUAACAUAUGGUUGAGGCAGCACUAAUGUCAAAACGAUGUUUUCUUCCUGUUAUAAUUCAACUCUCUCUCACACCCAAGUCACUCGCGUUAUUUGUUCUUGUUAUUUUGAGCACAAUUAUGGCUGAUAAACAACUCUGGAUAAACAUGAAAUGUAGA